AUGCGGGGCGUGUGGCUGGCGCUCACCGUCAGCUUCGUGGCCUGCGCCUCUGGGCAGCCGAGAGCAGAUUUGACCUCUGAUAAAGAUUUAUACCUUGACAACAGCUCUGUUGAAGAAGCAUCAGGCGUCUAUCCAAUUGAUGAUGAUGAUUAUUCUUCUGGGUCAGGUUCAGGUGCUGAGGAAGAUGAGGAUAGUGCAGUGAUGACAACAUCCAGGACAGUUCCAAAGCUCCCAACAGCUAGUGAUGCAUCCAGGGCUGACACCACCACAGCAAAAAUGCAGACCAAGGUGCCUGCACAAACAAAGUCACCUGAAGAAAUUGAUAAAGAGGAAAGGCCAGAGAUGGAUGCCAAGAAAAAGAGCGAUGAGCCAGGUGAUGACACUGACGUGUUCACUCAGAAGCAUUCAGAAAACCUCUUCCAGAGAACAGAAGUUCUGGCAGCUGUUAUUGCUGGCGGAGUUAUUGGUUUUCUUUUUGCAAUCUUCCUUAUCCUGCUGCUGGUGUAUCGCAUGAGAAAGAAGGAUGAAGGCAGUUACGACCUUGGUGAACGUAAACCAUCCUGUGCUGCCUAUCAAAAGGCACCAACUAAGGAGUUUUAUGCAUAA